UUUCUUUCUUUUUGUUCAAAAUUUGGAGGUAUCCCCACACCCCGAGUACAAUACAAGAUUUUCUCAAUCGGUUAAAAACUCUUCAACGGACAGAAAAUUUUUGAGAUUUAUGGUCUCAAUUCACCUAACAUAAGUUUUGAGUUUUUUGGUCACAAAAUUUUGACAAUCCACGACUUAAUUCCUUCCUUUUCCCAUCACCAAUUGGUCCAUUAUUUAGCCUCUUUUUCCCGGUUUCCCACUUUUCCAUUUUAGCAUACGUUACUUUUAGGCUUCAAGUUGGACAAAAACUUUCACCAAAAAUUUAAAAAAGAGCCCAUCUUCCUUUUAUUUAGCCAUUGGGUCUUUUUCCCAGUACUUUCAAACUCCAAUUUACUCACACAUUUUCCAUCUAGUUUUUUUCACUUGACCUUCUCUUUUUCCUCUCCCUACAACUCCACUUUCUAUAUCUCUUUUCAUUUGCAGAUGUUACGAGCUAAAAUGGACCAAAAGAAUUUUACAGAUUCAACUCUUAUUACAGAGCCUUGGUAAAAGUAAUUGAAGAGCUGAACUAAAUUCUCUCCUUAAUUAAAAAAAAAUGGGGAGGGCUACGAGGUGGUUGAAGAAUUUGUUUGGGAUAAAGAAAGAUAAGGUUCAAAAGGAAGCUCCGAAUUCCGGCGGCGCCGGCGGUGCAGGACACCAUCAGAAGGAAAAGAAAGCAGCGAACUUGGGCCACUCCGGAAGGGACAAUGACGGGUUGUGCUCGAAUCCAAACACCAUCCCACCAAACAUUACUCCGGCAGAGGCUGCAUGGUUGAGGUCCUUUUACAGCAGCGGAGAUUCGGAUAAGGAACAAAGCAAACACGCCAUAGCCGUUGCUGCCGCCACGGCUGCGGCGGCUGAUGCCGCCGUCGCCGCCGCACAGGCUGCCGUUGCGGUGGUGAGACUAACCAGCCAAGGCAGGGGAAAUACUCUGUUUGGCGGUAGCAGGGAGAAGUGGGCCGUUACGAAAAUUCAAACUGUUUUUCGCGGAUUCUUGGCCAGGAAGGCUUUGAGAGCUUUGAAAGGGCUAGUGAAAUUACAAGCAUUGGUUCGAGGAUAUCUGGUGCGCAAACAAGCUGCUGCUACACUUCAGAGCAUGCAAGCUUUAAUCAGAGCACAAGCCAAUGUUCGUGCCCAAAGAACUCGUGGAUUCCUGAAUUCCGGUCAAACUUUUCAGCCACAGAAUCCAGCCAGACAAUCCUUGGAAAGUUUCGAUGAGGGCCGACAAAAUUCAUUCCAUAGCAGAAAGCUUUCUGGGUCGUUUGAUAGUACUAAUAAUAGCUAUAACCUGAUUGAUGAGAGCCCAAAAAUUGUGGAGAUAGAUACAGGGAGGCCGAAAUCGAGGUCCAGAAGAAGCAGCCUUAAUCCCUGGGUUGCAGAUUCCGGCGUGGAUGACUCAAAUCGCCACCACCACCAAACACAAUCCUCUCCUUCGUGCACAUGCCGGAAUCCUCCUCCUCCGCCGCCUCCGCCUCCCAGAAUAUGCGUACCCGACUGCCGGGCUUCCCAAGACUCCGACUGGGGACUGAUUGUGGACGACUGCCGGUUCUCCACCGCCCAGAGCACUCCCAGAUUCUCCCAUUCUUGCGGGUCGAACCCGCCGGUUACACCGGCCAAGAGUGUCUGCGUGGAAAGCCUGUUCAGAGCUGGAGGUCCGAAUUAUGGGAAUUACCCGAAUUACAUGGCUAACACGCAGUCGUUUAAUGCUAAGCUGAGGUCACACAGUGCUCCGAAACAAAGACCCGACCCGGGUACAAAGCGGAGGCUAUCCCUCCAUGAAAUGAUGGAGUCCAGAAGUUCUCUGAGUGGGGUUAGAAUGCAGAGGUCUUGCUCCCAGGUUCAGGAAGUUUUAAGCUUCAAGAAUGCCGUGAUUGGUAAGCUUGGGAGGUCUUCAGAAUUUGUUAGAGAGCAAUUAUACCAGCAAUCUUAUUCUCAGGAAUGAUUAUUUUAUCAGUACUAAUAUAAAGAUGGUUAACUUUAAUGUAACCCAAUAUAGAGUAAAACUAGCAUUGUUUCUGCAAAGAUGUGAUUUUUAGGAGAUCUCUCUACUUUUUAGUUUCUAGUCUUUUCCUUUGUCAAAAAGUUAUGUUCAUUAGUAUAAUGAAAAGAGUAGUUACAUUACAUGUUACA